AUGUCAGAUACAAGGCCGUUGAAAAAAUCCAAGACGAAGCACACGUCGACUUCUAUUUCGGAAAUAGAGGCAGAACAUGCAGAAGCUGAGAUGCUUGCACACCCUCCGGCUGCGGAGGACAGAUCGUUGCAUUUCCACGACGGUGGGGAGUUCAAUUUGGAGAAGCGUCACGAGACGUCUGCAGCGUAUGGGGAGAGACUGGGCUCUGGCAAAAAGAACCCAUUCACAGGCGAAAACUUCUCGACCAAGUACUUUGACAUCUUGAAGGUCCGUCACGAUCUACCGAUCCACCAGCAACGUGCGGAAUUCCUCGAGAUGUUCCACUCCACACAGAUCAUGGUGUUAGUUGGUGAAACGGGUUCCGGUAAGAGUACCCAGCUUCCGCAGUUUGUUCUCUACGACGACAUGCCUCAUCUGAUUGGCAAGCAGGUUGCGUGCACACAGCCACGACGUGUUGCCGCUAUGUCUGUUGCUGCCCGUGUGGCCGAGGAGUUGGACGUGAAGUUGGGCGAAGAGGUCGGUUACAACAUCCGUUUUGAAAACAUGACGUCGAACAAAACCAUCUUGAAGUACAUGACUGAUGGUAUGCUCCUCAGAGAGGCCAUGGAGGACCACGAGCUCUCCCGCUACUCAUGCAUCAUUCUUGACGAGGCGCACGAGCGUACGUUGGCUACCGACAUCUUGAUGGGUCUAUUGAAACAGUUAAGCGACCGUAGAAAGGAUCUGAAAAUCAUCAUUAUGUCGGCUACCUUAGAUGCUGAAAAGUUUCAAAGAUACUUCAACGAUGCACCACUUCUAGCCGUGCCCGGGCGUACAUAUCCUGUUGAGAUAUAUUACACGAAAGAGUUUCAACGUGAUUAUUUGGAUGCUGCCAUUCGGACCGUUUUGCAGAUCCAUGCAACGGAAGAUGAGGGAGAUAUUUUAGUGUUCUUGACCGGUGAGGAGGAAAUCGAGACUGCCGUAAAGAAGAUCACGCUAGAAGGUGAGCAGUUAGUGCGUGAGGAGGGCUGUGGUCCGCUAAAGGUGUAUCCGUUGUAUGGUUCCUUACCACCCCACCAACAGCAAAGGAUUUUCGAGCCUGCGCCUCAGGCUUUUAAAAAGGGAGGACGGCCAGGUAGAAAGGUCAUUGUCUCUACGAACAUUGCCGAAACAUCCUUGACCAUCGAUGGUGUUGUCUACGUCGUCGAUCCUGGGUUCUCCAAGCAAAAAGUUUACAACCCACGUAUCAGGGUUGAAUCGCUCUUGGUUUCGCCAAUUUCCAAGGCAUCCGCCCAGCAGAGAGCAGGUAGAGCUGGUCGUACCAGACCCGGUAAAUGCUUUAGACUUUACACGGAAGAAGCCUUCCAAAAGGAGUUGAUUGAGCAGUCGUACCCUGAAGUCUUGCGCUCGAACUUGGCGAACACCGUUCUCGAGUUGAAGAAGUUGGGCAUCGACGAUUUGGUUCACUUCGACUUCAUGGAUCCACCGGCACCGGAGACAAUGAUGCGUGCGUUGGAGGAGUUGAACUACCUGACCUGUAUUGACGAUGAAGGUGGUCUCACAUCUUUGGGCCGUUUGGCCUCUGUUUUCCCAUUGGACCCAAUGUUGGCUGUGUUGUUGAUUGGGUCUCCAGCCUUCAAGUGCUCGGAAGAGAUUUUGACCAUUGUGUCUAUGCUCUCUGUUCCUACGGUUUUCAUUCGUCCCUCGGGAGAAGGUGCCAAGCGUGCGGCAGAUGAGGCAAAGAAGCUUUUUGCGCACCCCGAUGGUGACCAUCUCACGUUGUUGAAUGUGUAUCACUCAUUUGAAAGCGACGAAGCGCACGAAGUUGGUCAGAGAAAAUGGUGUAUUCAAAACUUCUUGAACUACAGAUCGUUGAAGUCUGCGCAGAGCGUUCGCAAACAAUUGAGAAGAAUGAUGGAGUCCCAUGAUGUUGACUUGAUUGAAGGUAACUACGAGAGUCUUUCGUAUUACGACAACAUUAGAAAGGCGUUGGCGAACGGAUUUUUCAUGCAAGUUGCGAAGAAGAAGAGUACAGGCAAGGGAUACAUCACAGUGAAGGAUAGCCAAGAUGCGUUGUUACACCCCAGUACGGUUUUGGCGCAGCAGGAUGAGUGGGUUAUCUACAACGAGUUUGUGUUGACGUCGAAGAACUACAUUCGGACAAUCACGAGCGUCAGACCGGAAUGGUUGGUGGAGUUUGCUCCGGAGUACUACGACCUGGAAAACUUCCAGCAGGGAGAUGUGAGAAUGAGUUUGGCACGGGUGCAUGAGAGGGUCGCAAAGAUGAAAAAGGCAAGUAGCUGA